AUGGGAGAUCUAAAUGCACACCAUAUAGUUUUUGGAUGUCAAUCAAAUAAUAGUAGAGGCAAUAGUUUAUACAAUCUCAUUGAUGAACUAGACUUGUGUAUUUUGAAUGAUGGGAGUGCUACAACUGUUCAAAUUCCAAACAGAAAUGCAUCUGCUAUUGAUGUUACUUUGGUUAACCCAGCAAUAGCUCCUCUUUGUGAAUGGCGAAUUCAUGAUGAUUCAAUGGGCAGCUACCACUAUCCAACUCAGGUUGUUGUCAAUGUAAAACCAUCCACAUAUGAAGUCCUGCCUGUGGAAGAAAAAUACAUAUAUUGUAAGGCUGAUUGGACUGAAUAUUAUAAUUUUCUGAAACAUCUUUUUGUCAGUUAG